CUCCAUUCCCUUCCUUUCCUCACCAAACCACAUCUCCUCUCCCUUCCUCUCUCCUCAAAUGUCUGUAAUAACAGAGAAAUCACCCAAAGACUGCGCCACCAAGCAAGCAACCACCACCUUCCCAAUCCCAAAACUCAACAAGAAGCUCUACCUAUACCUCUCCACACUCCUCCUCUCUCUCCUCUCCCUCCUCCUCCUCAUCUACCUCACCCUCCACCCCUCAAAGCCCCACUUCUCCCUCCAACAAGCCGACGUCGACCAGCUCAACCUCUCCGGCCCGUCCUCCCUCCUCAACUCCUCCAUCCAGAUCACCCUCCAGUCCGACAACCCCAACACCAAGCUCGGCAUCUACUACGACGAGUUCAUCCUCUACGCCUCCUACAAAGGCCAGAGGAUCACUCCCGAAGCCGCCAUCUCCCCCUUCUACCAGGACCACGGGGAGACGAACCUCCUCAGUGCGUCGCUGGUCGGGUUCCAGCUCCCCGUGGCCCCGUCCUUCGCCUAUGAGGUGCAGCGCGAUCAGGGGGCCGGGAGGCUGGUGUUGAGCUUCAAGGGGAUGGGGCGGCUGAGGUGGAGAGUUGGGAGCUGGGUUUCGGGGAGGUAUCGGUUCGUUGUCAGCUGCGUUGCUGUUAUGCCGCUUGGGCCGGCUGUGCCUUCGCCCCCUUUGCGUUCGAGGUCGAGCUCGCAGUGUUCUACUGUAAUGUGAUAAGUGUAAUUAUGUAAUAAGAUUAUGGUUUCCUUGAUUGCUCGAGUGUUGAAAUGUUAUUGUUGAUGAUGUAAAGUAGCUUUGUGUGAUAAGGAAGAAAGAAGAAGUGGGAUUUUGUGGAGUCUUUUUGGUAUUAUGAUUGUUUAUGGGAUUUUUCAUUUUUGUAAUGAGAAAAGAUGAAAGGGAGAUAUGAAAAAGUGGGAAAUGUGAGUUUUGGUGCA